UAUAAUUGGCCAGGCUAGCCGCCAGGAUUUUUAACCAGGCAGGAUGUCGUUCUACGCGCUCGCCGCGCUCUGCGCCACCGCGCUCGCGCUCGUCGCGGCUCAGGAUCUCGAGCUUCCCGUGCAAACUUGCAAGCACGAUGCCGAUGACUACUCGUCUUGCCUGAGACUCGCCAUACAAGAGGCAUGGCCGAACUUCGUCCCAGGUAUACCGGAGUUGGACAUCCCGGUGUUGGAUCCGUUCUUCACCGAGAAGGAACACACUAAAUACCAGGUCGACGACAUAAACGCCGACAUCACGGUGAUGAACGUCAACACCUACGGGCUUGCGAAGAUGAAGUUCUUGGCGGUGAGACCGACAUACGCCGAUGACUUCUACAAGUUGGAGGUCGACGUCGAAGUGCCGAAGGUGCUCAUCGAGGGUAACUACAAGGCGGCUGGGUCGAUGGGAGCGUUCCAGAUCGGUGGCGAAGGCUUCUUUAAUAUCAGCAUGGAGGAUAUCAAAGCUACGUUCUCCUUGGAAGGAUCGGUGGCGAACGACCGAUGGACCAUCGAGCACUUCAACCUGAACCCCGAAGUCGGCAAAAUGAAGAUCUGGUUUAGCGACAUCUUCAACGGCAACGAGGGGCUCAACAAAGCUGCGCUGCAAUUCGUCAACGAGUACUGGCCGUCGUUGUACCGGUCGAUGCUGCCGUUCGUCGCGCAGAACUGGGACGAGCGUUUCACCGAGCUCGGUAACAAUGUAUUCUCCAAGAUCUCCUUCUCGAAGACCUUCCCUUGAAGUCCUCGAGAGGAGGAUCCCCCCUUUGCGCUAAUAGAGCGAGUACGUAGCGAUAGUCGAAGCUCGAUCGCGGACGAGACGUCGCCGAGGAGUAGAAAUCACGAGUUAUUUAAGCGGAACUGCACGAAAAGAGCGGCGCGGAGGAACACGUACACGGGAGCUUCCUCCUCCUCCUCCUCCUCCUUCUUCUUCUUCUUCUUCUCUCUCUCUCUCUCUCUCUCUCUCUCUCUUUCUCUUCUCUCCUCUUUUUUCAUCCACGCGCCUGCGAACAUUAGUCGGGGGGUGAGAGAUAAUGACAAUGCACCUCCUCAUUCUCCCCCCAUUGUAUCGUGAUAGCGUUGCUUUAAUUGUAUCCGCACGACGUCGACAUGCGUAUCAUAAGUUAACGCGCGAGUUCAGCCGUAUAUGUAGAACUGCGUAACGCGUCAAACUACUAGACUACCUCUGGCUAAUCGUUACUGUCCCCUUGUGUUGUCGCUAUUGUUUAGUGAGUUUGUUUUGGAGACAGUGGCGAGGACAGAGUGAUACAACGGAGAAUUAUCAAGUGAAAUACACGAAGAUCACCAAACGAAUGCAUGUUGACUUCCCGCUCACCCACGAGUCGCCGCGCCGUGUCGACACCAUCGAUCGCGAUGGAGUCUGGGAUCCGCGACAGGACGGAAUCGAUUUCGUGUGUGUGUAUGUGUGUGUGUGUCGUACCUUUAUUAUAUACUCCAUCGAUAUAUCGAUAUUUAAUUACUAUGCGUGCGCUGAAGCUAAUACAGUAGCGCGUUUCCCGAUUUAAUCAUCUACUUUCGCCUCACUACGACACCAAGCGACAAUUAUCGCUCUGCCCGCUAAUAAGGGAAUAUCAAUAAAAAAAAGGAAAGAUGA